AUGAUCAUCAUGCUACUGCGGAGGAUCUGGUACUUGCGGAAUGAAUUAUCGCAUGGUAAAGAAAUCCCUCUAGCUGAAACGUCUAAGACUUUUCUGUGUAGUUAUAUUAGUUCUAUUCGCAAUGCAGCCAAUCUCACCACAGAGCAAAUUAUCAGAGGGAAAUCGCCUUUGGAGGGUGCAUUGCAGCCAGUACCAAUCAAGGCAGUUCUGCCGGAUACACCAUGGCAGCCACCACCACCUGGCUGGCUUGCCUUGUCUGUGGAUGGAUCUUAUUCAGCGGAAGAGGGCUCGGCGGGAGCAUGCAUGAUCCUACGGGAUAACUUGGGCUCUGUCAUUUUUUCAUCAUGUCAACUAUUAUUCUACUGUAACAAUGUUCUUGAGGCGGAAAUUCAAGCUAUUAAGAUUGGAAUGUCUAUGGCUAUCGAAUGGUCUAACCUUUCGGUCUUAGUACAAUCGGACUCGAUGGUGACCCUUUCUUCUAUGACUGAUGCCUCACUUGAUAAAUCACCGAAUGGUCAAUUGGUCAGGGAGAUCAAGAACUACAUGCUGCAGAGGGAGUUUAAACUAGUGAAGAUCGUGAGAUCACAGAACAUGGUUUCACAUUGUCUUGCUAAUUAUGCCCGAAUGGCUCGUAGCACUGCUUGUUGGUUGCAAUGGCCACGCCCCUUCAUUCAUAAUCUUGUAUUAGCAGACUGUAAGCCUGUUACUUUGGAAUAA